AUAGAAGAAGCGGUUAAUUCUUAUUAUUGUUGUCUCUCAGCCAGGCAGCAGGGACUUGAAGAUGAAUGAAAUGUCUUUUACGUCACAUCAUGUUUUAUAGCACACGCUGGAUAUGCGACGGCGGAUGAGUUGGAAACGUACUCUGGGAGUUUCCCCCGCGCUAGCCGGGUUACCGAGGCAGCUGUUUUAGCCGCCGUUAGCGGAUGCUAGCUAUUUCACGUUAGCGUUAGCAUGUGUGGAAGCCUGUCAGAUGGGGCUGCGUGCUGGUCCAGGCUGCGGCUGAUGGGGAGAUCUGCAUUUUCAAGGUAGAAGCAACAGCAACCCUGCUGCCAUUAUGUUCUCACACCCCAAUCAUCCCUUCUCAUCCAUCUGCAACAGCAGCAGCAUCACUGAGCUGCUGGGUGCCCUGUGUGACUGCAGCCUCUCUGGGGUGUCAUGGAAACGCCAGGCGCUUGGGGGAGUUUCAAGAGAGAGCGUCCGCCGAGCCCUUAAAAAACGUGCCUACGGUGCUUUGCUGUCCAAACUCUUCCAAGAUGGCGCCUCCAAGGGAUCAACCUCAGCACCAAGUGCCACAGCAACCACCCCGCCCAGAAACAAAGUGUUAAUGAUAUCUUUUGAUUUACGUGUGGCAGGGUGUCAGGAGGAAGCAGAGAGCUUGGAGGAUAAGCUGGGGCAGCUGCCUGAAGGAACAGCCUCAGGUCUUAAGGAGGUGGACUUGGUCCUGGAGCUCUUGGUACAGCUGGCUGGCUCAGCGCCACCACCGACCACCUCGUUCAGUCAGGACUACAUGAGGCGAGAGAGACCUGUGCUGCGCAGGCCUCCUCUGGGGGGCUAUCAGAGUAAGGACCUGCAGAGGCUGGAGGCCCGAGCUUGGAGCCUGGUGUGUGGGGAGGAGUGGAGGUCACUAGGAGGUUUAUGUGGGACCCUUGGGCUCAUGGACGGCCUUCCUGGCACAGGACUGCUGGCUUUGAGGACCCAGUCAAUAGUGGAGGAGAGGUUUGAGAAAGAGACUCGACUCUCGCUGUUUGGAGCACUACAACAUACUCGUACAUCAGACCUGGACAUCAAGCUGGGUCUGCCUCCUGUUCCCAGUAAUGCAGAUGUCACUGGACUGGCCAUCAAGGUCCCCCCAUGUUUGGACCAGUCUGAGGAUGAGGGCUUCCAGUCAGCCUCUAAUUUGACCCCAGACUCUCAGUCAGAGCCCAGUCCCACUCCCGAGUUCGAUAUCUGGGAGGCCCUUCGCACCUUUGAGCCCGGAAGACGUCGCUGCUGGGAGUCUGUUGGCUGUCCGCCAGGCAAGAGGGAGCCCCGCUACCUAACAGAGGGCGGCAGGGAGGCCUUUGAUCAGCUCUAUCGACUGUGGGAGGGGGAGAUGAGGGUAGUAAGCACUGCUACCCCCUCUCCUCUGCUGCCCCUUCCUGUGGACUCCCAGAACCAGCUGGUAACAGACCUCCUAAAUGUAUUGAUUGGAGUCGCAUCCACUACCUUCCCCCUCAACCAGUGUCUGCAGUUUGACGUUAGGCCAGAUGUAUGUGUGUCGGGCGCCUCCCCAGAAAGUGUGUCUCGUCUCCUGGGAGAGCUAGCUCAAUACGGCACCCAUUACCUGAGGCUCAGUCGCUUCUCUCUGCAGAGUACUAACAAGAGGGGCCUAGUCUUCCAGGCUUUUACAGGUGGAUUGCGGAAGUACCUUCAUUACUACAGGGCGUGUGUCCUUAGCACGCCACCCACCCUCAGCCUGCUGACCAUUGGCUUCCUUUUCCGCAAAGUGGGCCGGCAACUCAGAUACCUCUCUGAGCUGUGCUGCGUAGACGGGCCUUCGGGUGUGGGCCAGACCACCUUCCCUGUGGGUGUUAAGCUGCUGUCUUACCUCUACAAUGAAGCCCAGAGCAACUGCAGCAAUGAGAACUACCCGGUCCUGCUAUCGCUGCUCAAAAGCAGUUGUGAGCCGUACACAAGGUUUGUGUCUGACUGGGUGUACAGCGGCGUGUUCCGAGACGUGUAUGGAGAAUUCAUGAUCCAGGUCAAUGAGGAGUAUCUCGGCUACAGAGACAAGCACUUCUGGGUGCAAGGCUACACCCUGAUCUCGAAGGAUGUGGAGGACUGCGUUCCUGUCUUCCUGAGACACAUCGCCAAUGAUGUUUAUGUCUGCGGCAAGACCAUCAACUUGCUCAAGAUCUGCUGCCCACAGCACUAUAUCUGCUGGUCGGAGCUGCCAGUGCCACGCAUCGCCGUCACGUUCUCCUUGCAGGAGGUGGAGGAGAUUGAGAGGGACUGUGCUGUGUACCGAGGGCGCAUGGAGAGGAUUGCCAAGCACAGCGCCAUCAGCAAAGAGGAGCAGGCCUUGCGCACGGAGCGCGCACGCCAGGAGCUGAUCAAUCAGGUCAGAGAGUCGGCAGCCAAGACACUGGAGAGCAUCCGUGGGCGUCAGGUGUCCCAACGUCUGGUUGAGGAAGCCAAGAAGAGAAAGCGCUUUGAGGAAAUCAAACAGCACCUUGAGCAAGCACAAGAGUGGAGAAGUACAGCCAAGAGGAAAGAGGAGGAGGAGGAUUUCAGCUUUGCCAGGGAGCUGAGGGACAGAGAGAAGAGACUACAAGCCCUGGAGGAACAGCUGGAACAGAGAGCCAGGAAGGAGCUGAUUGCUCAGUACAGCCGUCUGUCAGAGGAGGCUGCUCGCAGAGAGAGGCGGGCCAUGUGGAGGGUGCAGCGAAUGAGACUCGAUGAAGCCCGAGCUCAGUUUCUAAUGCAGGACAAGUGCCAGAUUGAGGCCUUGCUGGAAAAAGGUCCCUUAGGCCAGGAGAGACCUCCCACUGAAGCAUUACCCCCUCUUCUGGUGACACAACAGCAGACCGCACUGCUGCCAGUACAGGAAUCUCCUUCCCACGAGCCACCUGGAUAUCAGUCAGAGGAGCAGACCCUGGAGUCCGCUGUGGUGUUGCCCUGUCGAGAUCCCUCCCCCGCCUUCACGUUAGACCCCACCCUCAUCUCUGAGGAUGUGGAUGUCAACGAUUUUCUCCCCAAGCCACCAAAACCCCCUGACAGCCAGCAGGUUGACCGGGCCCUGCUGGAGAUCGGCUCUGACCUACUAGAGGCACCUCCCAAACCUCAGCCAGUAGACUAUGACUUCAGUGCCCCCUUCAGUCCACUGGAGGGAAUUGUCGGCCAAGGCACAGCUCAGCCCAGGCCUCGCUGGGGACCUGCAGUCCAGCCAGAAGUCCCCCACCUUUCUCCCUCUCAUGUUUCCAUGGCAGAGUAUGGGUUUCCGGAGAUCCUCUCCGGAGCUGACCCCGGGGGUCCAUCCUCAAAUUCCAGCCGUCCCGCAGGCCAGGAUACCCCAGAGGUGCCCCUUGAUACACCCAAAGUGAAGGGAAAUGGACAUGACACACAGGGCUCUGUCCAGUUUGUAGAUGGGAGUGAUGCAAUGACAGACAGCAAGCAAGAGGCAUCUGUAUCAACAACAGAGGCUAAAACAGAAGCUACUGACAAUGUGGAAGAAGCAAACACGGAAGAAACCAACUCUCCUGAGCUUGUAGAAAAAGUCAGCGUAGUUGAGAGGUUGCGUUGUAAUCCACCAGUGGAAGCUUCAUCGUCCUCUUUACCAGAGCAAGCAGAUCUCAGGACCCUCACUACCCCCUCUGACUCUGUUGUGGCUGAGCCCCUUGAGACAAAGACUCAUGCUCACCCUUCAGACUCUCACAUCAAAGUUGGGGAACUCGUAUCUGACGUGGUUGCACCUUUACCCACGCCAAGCACUCAUGGCCACGCCUCUGAUGCACACUUCAAGGUGGGAGAGCUAGUUUCAGAUGUCGUCGCACCCCAAGUUGCACCAAACAUCCAUGGUCACUCCUCUGAUUCGCACAUAAAGGUCGGCGACUUCAUACCAGAGGGCACCACUCUUGUGCCUUCUCCGAAUAUCCACGGCCACUCUUCUGACGCUAACAUCAAAGUGGGUGAGUUUGUGUCCGACGUGCCCAAUUUGCAGCCCCGGUGGAAUAAGCACGGUCACGUGUCCGACUGCACCCUCCAGGUAGGGUGUGUGGUUUCCGGUACCAAAGCCGCCUUAUCCCCUCUCCCUGGAAGUGCUUACGGCCACUCGUCUGACUCGACCCUAGGCGUUGGCUGCAUGGUCUUGGAAAUCAAACCUCAGCCUCCUCCGCUGCCGGGGAGCACCCACGGCCACUCUUCAGACUCCUCAUUAGGCACUGGGUGCGUGGUUUCUGGAACUGAACCACUCCCAUCACCUUUACCGGGCAGUGCUUACGGCCACUCUUCUGACUCCACGUUGGGUUCAGGAUGUGUGGUGCCGGGGGCAGCGCCUCUUCCUUUGACCCUUCCAGGAAGUGCUUAUGGCCACUCGUCAGAUUCCUCACUUGGGGUCGGGUGUGUUGUGAAGGGGAAAGGGAGCAAAGACCAGCAGAGACCCAAGGACAACCAAGACAGUCAAGGAAGCCCUGGUGAGCAGCAGCAGCUGGGCGAGGGGUCCUGGGCAGCCGGCCUGGGUCUUUCCUCUGGAGAAAAGUCUGAGCAAGAAUAUCUCCUCUGCCUGGCUGCGCAGUACCAGGUGGAACACUACGAAGACUCCUACAACCUCCUGGCGUCGUCUCCACAGAGCCAGCUGCUGAAGCAGGUGACGCGGGGCCCUUGGGGCUUUCCCAUGGACCCGACCCUCUGCAGGGCCACGGACACCACCACCGUGCAGCUCAGCGAGAUGGUCUCCCUGCCGGUUCUGAUGAAGCACUCCGUCACCACCCCGCUCAUCACACACGUGUCCCUGGUGAAUAAGGCUGUGGUGGACUACUUCUUCGUGGAGCUCGGCGUAGAGAGACACUUCGAGGCGCUGCGCCAUUUCCUGCUGAUGGAGGACGGCGAGUUCGCUCAGUCCCUCAGCGACCUGCUCUUUGAAAAGCUGGGUAGCGGGCAGACCCCCGGCGAGCUGCUGACCCCCCUGGUGCUGAACUCCAUCCUCAGUAAGGCUCUGCAGUACAGCCUGCACGGGGACAGCACGCUGGCCGCCAACUUCACCUUCGCCCUGCGCUUCCUGCCGGACACCUUCCACCCUCACGCCCCCGACUCCCUCAACUGCCUGGAGCUCCGCUACAAGGUUGACUGGCCGCUGAACAUCAUCAUCACAGACAGCUGCAUGAACAAGUACAACCGUCUGUUCUCCUUCCUUCUGCAGCUCAAGCACAUGGUGUGGAGCCUGAGAGAUGUGUGGUUCCACCUUAAGAGGACAGCCCUGGUGAAAGGCGCCGGUCGCUCGGUCCAGUUCCGGCAGCUGCAGUUGUACAGACAUGAGAUGCAGCAUUUUGUCAAGGUGAUCCAGGGCUACAUCGCUAACCAGAUCCUGCAGGUGUCCUGGAGCGAGUUCACAGCCAAGCUGGCCACCGCCAGCGAUCUGGACGCCAUCCACCGCAUGCACGCAGACUACCUCAACAGAGCCAUCUUCAGGGGCCUGCUUACAGAGAAAGCCGCCCCGGUCAUGAACAUCAUCCACAGCAUCUUCAGUCUAAUCCUCAAGUUUCGUGCACAGCUCAUCGCACAACCCUGGGACAGCCAGCAGGGGGAGGCGGUGCACCCCAGCUUCAUCGCCAUGCAGCAGUCCUACAACACCUUCAAGUACUACUCGCACUUCCUCUUCAAAGUGGUGACCAAACUGGUGAACCGAGGCUACCAGCCGCACCUGGAGGACUUCCUCCUUCGUAUCAACUUCAACAACUACUACAAAGACUCAUGAGCUGUGCAUCAGUGUUGUCCUACAUCAGCCAGUGGUCCGUAUCGGACGACAUCCUGUAGGUACACCGUCUUGUGGCUUUUGUGGAAACCUCGCAGACCCAUGAGUGCAUACCUUCUUAGCAGGUAGCACAAGCCCCACAGUGGGGACGGGACCUUCUGUGUGCGCUGCCUCCUGCCCUCUAAACGAUAAUCCAGAUCCCCUCUCUGUAUAGGAAGCAAUGUGUUGGUAACUGGGCUGCUUUCAGGAGACAGGCUUGCUGGCUGUCAUUUCAGUGAAUAAAGUAUGCCUUGUGGAACGACUGUGUGUUUGUGGCACGGAUUUCGUCAGAAAAAUCCUCUCC